UGUCUCUCGGAGCACAGUAUCUCCAGUCCCCGGUGAGGGAGGGACUGCGUGGAGCUGACGAACGUGGCCGUGGCCUCUGAGCUCUAUUGUUGAGUGGUAUGAAGGCUCCUCUCGAGAGCUGAUGUGACACUUUGAUGUGAGCCUGUCUUCUUCUGCCAGCUGGGAGCAGCAGGGUAACGGAAUACUUGGUGUCGGAUGUGCGGAGUCAGAUUUGGGUCUGAAAUGCGUUUUCUACGUACAAACAAGAUGAGGCCCAGCGAUGCGGCCGGGGCUGUUAGCUGCUCACCUUUCCGAGAAGAUGCCAUCUGCUCUGAACAAGAAUAGGCUCUGACAUGCAGGUGCCCCCAGGGAAACAGCCAUGGCAGUGGCUGGCGUUAAUGAGCAGGCCUAAGGGACUGCUCCCGGCGAGUGCUCCUCUGAAGUCGCUGCCACUAACAGCAGUGCAGGGGACACACAAGGGCCCUUUCUCUGGGCCGGGGCAGCUCAGGAUCAUCUGAGCCUGGGAUUGGGACUCGGGUCACUGCCGCAGAGGUCCCAGACCCUGUCUGCACCACCGCUGUCACCACAGGAUGAUGUCCAGGACCCUGAAGCUCGCCCUGCUGACUUUGGCCUGUACUGUGGACCUGAGCCAGGCCAGUGGCUUCACAGAAAAUGGCCUCUCACUGCUGAGCUACCAGCUGUGCAGCUACCCGGUGACUCAACGCGUCCAGAGGCUGCAGGAGGUGCAGACCUCCCACACAGCCUUCGUGCACUGUGGAGGAUGGAUCCCAUGGAAGAAGUGCCCCAAGACUGUGUACCGGACCCAGUAUCUGGCGGUGGAGGUCCCCGAGUCCAGGAAUGUGACCAGCUGCUGUGAGGGCUUUGAGCAGCUUGGCUUCUACUGCAUUCUGUCCCUGAACCGAUCCAGGGAGUUUGCCUCAAGACCUGGGGUCUGCCCAACAGCAGAGCCAGAGUCCCCCAGCCCACCAUGCAGCUUGGACACUGACUGCUCUGGACUUCAGAAGUGCUGCUCCUGGUCAGGGGCCCGCCGCUGUGCGACCCCUGCACCCACAGGUGCAGAGAGGACCCUGGUGAGCUGGUACAAUGUGACUGUGCUGGUGAAGAUGGACUUUGAGGACCUGCAGCGGGAGGACCCUGGCUUCCGGAACCAUACCCGCCUGCUCUACUCUUUGGUCACCAGCGCCUUGCAGCCUCUGACCCCAGCUGUACACUACCUGGACUCAGCUGGUGGCAGGGACACAAUCACCACGGUGUCGUGGCUGCUGCUGGGCCUUCCACGGCUCUUGGCGGUGGGCAACGUCUCGGCCAUGCUGGAUGAUAUGGUGACUCGAGUCUACGAAGUGAUCAGCAUCCAGGUGCAAGAUGUGAAUGAGUGUUUGCACAGUGAGCUCCACGCCUGCUCUGAAGGAGAACAGUGUCUGAACACGGAGGGCUCCUACCAAUGCGUCGCUACCCAGCAGCUGAACCCCGCAGACGAAGACUGCCCUCCAAUCCAAGACUUGGUGGCGCUUGAUGUCACGAGCAGCAGUUUUCACGUGUCCUGGAGUCUGAAUUCCACUCAGAACCACACUUUCCAUGUCCAAGUGUACAAAGGCAGAGAAACACUCAGAAGCACCCAGACGAGGAGCCGGACUCUGGCUGUGCCUGGGUUGGAGGCUGGAGUACUGUACAGAGUGAGGACCAGCUACCAGGGGUGCGGGGCCAAUGUCUCGGCCACACUGCUUGUCAAGACAGAUGCCCGGGUUUUCCAAGUCACCAUACGGAUCAUGGACCGUAACCUGACAGAGCAGAUUCUCAACUGCAGCAGCGAGGAAUUCAGGAACUUUUCUCAACAGCUGUUUCUUGAGGUGGAAAACUCCUUGCCCCCAGCCAUUUUUGACAUGUACAGACGAGGGAAGCUGAGGCUGCAGAUCGUGUCCCUGCAGCCAGGGAGCCUGGUGGUGACACUUUUAGUCACCCUGCAAGACCCUGAGUUUCCCGUGGGGGUCUCCACGCUAAGGCCCUUAAUCCAGCGGCUGGCUGUCAGCACCGUGUUCCGGGUUGACCAGCAGGGGACGCUAGUGCAAGACUGGGACGAGUGCGCACACAGCUCUGAGCACGACUGCCACCCAGCCGCCCGCUGCAUCAACCUGGAGGGCUCCUACACAUGCCAGUGCCUCACAGCCAGGGACGCCAACCCCUCCCGGCCUGGCCGGGUCUGCAAGGGUGACAUGGUGACCCCCACAGGAGGUGGACUGUCUGUAACAACAAAGGUCACGGCCCCAACUGUCAGCGUGGGAAUAACAGGCUUUGGCCCAGAGACCCUUACCUUGUCACCAAGUCCCAGGCACCCAAGGAGCACCCCAACAAGAAGUCAAGCUUGGACCCCAGGGCCUCCAUCUGGGAGAGAAGGUAGCAGCACAGCCAGGCAGGAGAGGACUAGCACAUGGCAAGGUGUGGAGAUGCUCAGCACGGCCCCAAGCCUGGGAACAAGCCAUGGAGGUCCCAGCAAUGUGACAAGCUCCUUUCCCAGCACUCCAGGGCCAAACCAUGGGUCCCCUCCGAAGACCACAAACAUCCCACUGCAUUCCACUGGAGAGCCACAGGAAACCUUCACCAUAGGCCCACCCUCAGUGACCACUUCACCCACAAGCUAUGUAGUGUGGCACCCCAGUCCCAUUGGGGAGACACCCCCUCCGACCUCCACAAGACUGCAGAAUGAAGACUCUCGACCUUCCUCCUUCCCUGGCCUGCCAUCAGCCUCGACCCCUGUGGCUCCAGAGCCCCCUGCCUGUGUUCCUGGACCCAUUGGAAAGAUCACCGUCUCCAACGUGACCAGUACCAGCUUCUCCCUGCAGUGGUCAGCAGACAUCAGCGUCUCACCUACCUUCUACCUCACUUUGGUCUCUCCUCGGGGACCCGCCGUCACUAUGGAGACCCGGGACAACAAUGUGACAUUGUCGGGUCUGGAGCCCGGAGCAUUGCACCUGGUAGAGAUCGUGGCCAAGGUGUGUGGGAAAGAAGGUUCCAGAACACAACUGAGAGUGCGGACAGUGGUCCAGAAACUUGCGGGUGAAGUCCGGAUAGCAAACAUCCGGUAUUCAGAAUCCCUCCGAAAUGCCAGCAGCAGGGAGCACCGAGACUUCGUACAGUUAUUCUUCAGGACGGUGCGGGACUCCUUGCCGGCCACGCUGCGUCAGCACAUGGACACGGGCGAGAUCCGCGUGGACAUCAUCAACAUCACCAAUGGCAGCGUCGUGGUGGAGUUUAAUUUGCUAAUAACGGCAGACCUGGAUGUCAGGGAGGUGUCUGCCACCUUCCUCACAGCCCUACAGAAUACAUCGGUGCUGGAGGUGGUCAAAGGCAAAACCUUUCUACAAGGUAUGCAGGGGCUGGGCUCGACCCUGGUCUGCCGCAGUUCUGGAAACAAAGGCAGCUGGGACUCUUCUGGCAACAUAGUCCAGACCCCAGGCCCAGAGUGGCCCCCUACCCCAGCAGGAACUAGAGAUGCCCCUGUGCCAGGUUCCAGCUCCGUGGCCCAGGGCCAGCCCCCGCGACUGAACCUGACAGACGCAGUUGGCAUAUCCUGUGAGAUUGAGAUGGUGGUCAUCGCCAUCCAGAAGCACUUUCUGCAGCAGGAGGCCAUACCUGAGGCCUCCCUGUACCUGGGAGAGCCCUCCUGCAACGUGAGCAAGAGCAACAGCACACACGUGUUCCUGGUGGCUGGCUGGGGCGAGUGCGGGACCCUCGUAAAGAGCAACAUGACCAGCACAGUGGUGACCACCACACUGAAGAAUGACCUGUCCCCGGAGGGCGUCAUCCACCACCUGCAGAUCCUCAGUCCCAUCCACUGCGCCUUCCGCAAUGACCUUCUGACUUCCUCAGGCUACACCCCGCAGUGGGGGGUCUACACCAUCUUCGAAGACCUCCACGGCACCGGAAGCUUCAUCACUGAAAUGCAGCUGUUCAUCGGGGAUUCUCCCAUACCUCAGAAUUAUAGCGUGUCCGCCAGUGAUGAGAUCAAAAUCGAAGUGGGGCUCCACGGGCAGAAGAGCAGCCUUAGGGUGGUGCUGACCGAGUGCUGGGCCACCCCGUCCAGCAACGCCAGGGACCCCAUCACCUUCGGCUUCAUCAACAACAGCUGCCCUGUUCCCAACACCUACACCAGUGUGAUCCAGAACGGCAACUCCAGCAAGGCCCAGUUCAAGCUGAGAAUCUUCUCCUUCGUCAACAAUUCCAUCGUCUACCUGCACUGCAAGCUGCGAGUGUGCAUGGAGAACUCCAGGAACACGUGCAGGAUAAGCUGCAACGACUUCCGGUUGCUGAGAAGCAGUGAAGACGAGCACCAGAUGUCCUGGGGGCCCCUCCAUCGGUCUGCAGCCGCAGGUGAACCUGAAGGUACAAAGCCAGGCCUGGGGACUGGUUACAUCAUCAUCAUUGCGGUGGCUGCGGUUACAGUGGUGGCUGGGGCGGCAGCCCUUCUGAUCCUGCGUUACCAGAGAAUGAAGGGGCAAUACAGUCUCAGAAUCCAGACCGAUGACUUCAGCUACCAAGUGUUCUCUCAGUAGGAGUCCCAGCUGAUCGGGAGAUGGGGCGCUGUAUAUGAUUCAUUCACCAAGCACGGGCAGGACUCCACUCUGGGCAGUACUGUGGCACUCUGGGCGCUCUGUGGCCCUUGGGGAUGAGACCCCACGAUGACAGCAACCUCUGUCUGCCCCCAAGAGGCUGGAGCUGCGGAACAACAUCCACCAGGCCCGAGACAGGUCUGCUGAAUAUGUGGGCAGAGUGCUGGAGCGGCCUUCGCCCUCAAAUCCAACAUGGCUCCUCCACCACCCAAGCUACCGGCUCAGCCUUCCCAGCUUUGACACUCAAGCUGCCUUUGUGACUCUCGCUCACCGACCAUUACAUAACACGUCACAUCUUCGCAGACACUGGACAGUGCCUGGGAUGCUCUUUCAUGAAUGGAUCUACCUGCUACAUUCUCCGCUGUGUCACGGUCCUCAUGCAAACACUCUAACUCUGCGCUGCUUAUCAGCAAGUGGCUUUCACUUACUCGGUGACUCAAGACGUCCUAGAUGAAUACGGGAAGCUUUCUACUGAGUGAUAGACACGUGAUGUGUGUGCUCUACUCUUCCACGGCACAUCCAUGGCCAUUUUUCAUGUAAUCCCAGAAAGGGGAAGGGGCAGUUUACCCACUACACCACAAUAAGGCAGGGGAGGGGUGGGGGGAGGUAUGUACGUUGCUAACAGGUCCUCUACUUUGAUGAUUUGAAAGACCAGAAUGGUUAGCUAGCUCACACCUAAGGCAAUAGUGAGAUUAGAAUUACAACAGGGUCUUAGCUUUUCAUUGGUAUGCUUAAUUCUGUUGUGUGUGAUUGUCACACAGAAUAUUUAGGGGAAUGGGUCUUUUGAUUUAAUGCAUAUUCUUGGAGUAAGAAUGACAAACAGGAAUCUGUGUUUCAAGCAAUAAAU